GGUGCGUUGAUGCUGCGGCUCCUGUUGCUGGUAAGAAAAAAAACGGGUAAAAGGUUAGCCAGCUAAAUACAGCUAAUUUAUUCAUUGAUUCGCGUCUCUGAAGAGGAGCGGAACUCUUCAAGCCCCUGAGGACUGUGGGUACGGAGGGCAGCAGCCAUGUCCGGCUCCUACGAUGACUCCAUGGUCGACGUCUCCAGUGACAGCUUCUGGGAGGUGGGGAACUACAAGCGGGCAGUGAGGCGGGUGGACGAUGGCAGUCGCCUGUGUAACGACCUGAUGAACUGUCUCCAUGAGCGGGCGCGCAUCGAGAAGUCCUACGCACAGCAGCUCACAGAGUGGUCCAAACGCUGGAGACAGCUUAUUGAGAAGGGCCCUCAGUACGGGACCCUGGAGCGGGCGUGGGGUGCCCUGUGCACUGAGGCGGAGAAGGUGAGCGAGCUCCACAUGGAGGUGAAGGCGGUGCUGAUGGGGGAGGACUGUGAGAAGCUCAAGGUGUGGCAGAGGGACUACUACCACAAACAGAUGAUCGGAGGCUUCAAGGAGACCAAGGAGGCUGACGACGGCUUCCGCAAGGCCCAGAAACCCUGGGCCAAGAAACUGAAAGAGAUGGAGACUAUGAAGAAGGCGUACCACGGGGCCUGUAAGGAAGAGAAGCUGGCCACCAGCCGGGAGAACAACAGCAAGCUGGAGAACCACAGCAACCCUGAGGCCCAGAAGAAACUGCAGGACAAGGUGGAGAAGGUCCAGCAGGAGAUGGAGAAGACUAAGGAGCGCUAUGAGAAGUCUCUGGAGGAGCUGGACAAGGUGACUCCCCAGUACAUGGAGAACAUGGAGCAGGUGUUUGAACAAUGGCAGCAGUUUGAGAACAAACGCAUCACCUUCUUCAAAGCACUUCUGCUGGAAGUCAAGCAUCACCUCGACCUCUCCACCAAUCACAAAUUCCAGACAGUCUACCACACGUUGGAGGACACUAUCUCUGCUGCUGACGCUGUGGAGGACCUCAAGUGGUUCCGCUCCAACCACGGUCCUGGCAUGCCCAUGAACUGGCCCCAGUUUGAGAAUGUGGACUGGUCCCGCUCCUCUAGGUCCAGAAGGUCCAUUGUAGACUGGUCCAUAGACUUGAACCGUACACUGAGUCGGCGAGAGACGAAGAAGAAGCCCUCCGAGGGAAUCACCCUGACGGGCAUCAGCCAAAUGGAAGAGCAGCAGGCAGCCAAGAGCAGCAGCAGCCUGACUGUACCCACAAGCACAGAGCCGGUGGGUUCGAACCCAUUCGAGGAAGACGACGACGAGGAUCUCCAGGGGACCGUGAAGGAACAGCCUGCUGUCGUCAACAACAACAACAACAGCAGUCCGCUCAAUGUCAAAAAAGUGGAGGAAGUGAAAACCGCCAGCAGUGUGGAGAAGUCGCAAGAGUGGUCGGAUGAGGAGACUGGGGUGAACCCGUUUUCCAUUGAGGAUGCCAACGGCGAUGGGAACCCGUUUGAUGUGGAGCCGGCGACCUCGGGGGUGUCUGUGGCCGUGCGUGCCCUCUACGACUACGAAGGACAGGAGCAGGAUGAACUCAGCUUCAAAGCAGGUGAGGAGUUCACCAAGAUAGGAAACGAGGACGACCAGGGCUGGUGCAGAGGGCGCCUGAAAGAUGGCGUGGUGGGCCUCUACCCCGCCAACUACGUAGAAGACAUCCAGUAAUGACCGAGCGAGGGACAAGGAGGAAAACGAGAGAGAGGAUGGGAUGAAGAGGCUAAAGAAAGUGGAGGAGAUGGGGUAGGAGGGUGGGCAGGCCUCGCAUUCGCACCUCACCCUCUUCCCCCUACGUGGUAGAGGCUGGCCGCAGUGUGUGUGAGUGAAAGGGGUGGCAGAAGAAAGGGGUUUGCCCAUCGAAGAGGAUGAUGUUGUAGCUCUCUCUGUUGUAUCUUCCUGGAUCCCAUGUCGUUAAGCACAGAUCUUCCUACAACUACAGCCUGCCCUCAUUGUCAGCCUUUAUGAUGGGACACCCAGUACAGAGUCUAAAGCCUGCUGCAAAAGCAAAUGUUACUUAAAGCCAUUACUGUUACAGAAGAAAAUAUAUAAAAAGCUAUUUGAAACAUGUUACCUUCCAAUUGUAGCUUGAAGUUAUGAAGAUGUUGAAAGAAUUAACCAAUUUUAAAAGAUCCCAUUCACGAGGUCUAGCCCAUUCGAUUUGAAACUGAUUGGAGACCUAAAAGUAAUCUUAGUUUAAUCUUUUAAUUCAUUUUUGCCGUAGACAAUUGGUGAUACACAUUUCUAUAGAUCUGAUUCUAUUGUAACACUGAUUUGUAGUCCAGGAUCUGAUUUGGUAGUCUUAUGUUGAAAUAAGGGGAAUUCCUAAUUGCAUGUUAUUUCUUGCUCUGUUUUGAGUGUCCUUCACCCCAUCCUUUUGACAGUAAUCAAGGUUUUAUUUUUUUCCCACAUGAAAGCCAUUUGUCUGAAAUAUCAGAACCUACAACCCCGUUUUCUUAUUUGACUUUUCAAAUCUUUUGAGAAAAGGGCUUGGAAUUCAUGGCAGUGCCGGUUCAGAACAAUUGUCUUUCUUAUCUGAUGCUUAUAGUUCAGAUUUGUCUUGUUAUGCCUUUUUUUUUGUAUUUUAAAUCUGAUUUAUGUUUUGCUCAGCGAAUAGUUGAUGAGUGAAUUCUAUCCAGUUCUUCCACCGUCACCAACCAGCUUGGUCUCAGAGCAUUUCAUAUUAUUCUGUAAAUGCUCUGAUACCAUGUUGCGCCAACCCACAUUUUUAACAAUAAGUGACGCACUCAGAAGUUCUCCUGUAACCUUUACCCCUCAACUUUAAUUGAUUGUAUAUUCUUUAAUUGUUUUGUUGUAUCGGCUCACCUAUUGAUUGUACACGUUUUCUGGUCAUUCUAGUAUCAGGGACAUUCACCAGGGCACAUAGGGCUCUGGCCAAACGUAGCACAUUAUAUAGUGCAUAGGGUGCCAUUUGUGACAGCCUCUUCACACAAUUGACUUCACAUUCUGUUGGUAGAUUCUUACAUCGUGGAUGUUGUUUUUUCUUUCCACACUGAAUGCUUGGCAAUAAGGUGUGUCACUUGAAGCUAGGAGCUUUAGCUGUAGCUUGCUUUGCAAUAAGGUGUGUCACUUGAAGCUAGGACCUUUUGCUGUAGCUUGCACUGGAUGUCCAUUCAAAGCUUUGGGAGAAUAUCUUUUUUUGUCCCAACCGAAAGCAAUGUUGCACGUUCAGCAAUAAAAACCACAGCAUUUACUCUUUUUCACAAACUAGAGGGUCCGAUUUAAUAAAAGUAUGUUUGCAUGUAAAUAGCGAGGAACCUAUGAACAAAUUAAGCAGUUAUAGAUUCAGGAGUUGUGAUUUAAAUUUAUAUUUGGAAAUCAAAGACUGUUAAUGUAUGAGAUGCCUUAAGUGCUUUUGUUCUCUGUCAGAUGAAAUGCUGUGAUUCGGAAACAAAUCCGUUUGUACAAUAAUUGUAUGUUUUAUGGCGAAUGUCUCGCGAGUUUGCUGUCUUGUUGCAUUUGUAAAUAUAAUGUAAAAUCUCCAGAGGGCCCAGAGCCUACUUAUGAUUAGUAAUUGACAAAUAACUGAGAUUAUAUUUCUCAUUUUCUUUUAAAAGUUCAUGAUUGACACACACACCCUUAACACCACCACAUGUGCAUUACCAGUAUUGGCAAACUAUAUCUGUUAUUUAGGACCUAUCCCAAUUCCCAUCUCGAGUAUAGGUUUCUCCUAUUGGGAGUUGAUGUUUUGGCUCUUACAUUGUUGUGAGUACAUUAUUUAGCAAACACUGUUUACACAUGAUGCUCCUGGAAAUAUCCCCUACAUUUUAUGCCUACAACCGCAUAGCGAGAGAUCGGUUUAAUAUUAGUUUUCUGUCACUGUGAGAGGUUAUGCUGUGCGUUUCAGGUCAUGAGAUGUAUAUCAUUGGUUUCAGGUCAUCAUGCCAUUAACAGAACACCACAGCAGCUUUGCUUGCACAACUCAGUUUGCCAAUGUUGUCCCACAGCAUACAUUAUAAAUGAAUUGAACUAAAA